GCGCGGCUGAGGCGUGCGAGAGUGAUCUUAUUGCGAAGAGCGAGACAGAUGUUGCGGGAAAGGAGAUUGUCACCACAGGAACCGGCUUUUACUGGAGAUAUUAAGGCUCAACUUUCAUUGGUCACCAUUUAGAUUGGUCACUGAGAUCGAAGAGGAGACCCAUGGAGAGAACAGGUGAUGAAAGCUAAGGGAAAACAAAGGGAGAGGCAUGGGGCCCUUUUCUUUCAGAAUCAGUGACCACUGACUGCUGACCUUUAAGAAGGAUAAAGCCGAUAAGAUGACGGUCACUUCUGUGACCAGUACCGUCGCGGAUCCGAACUACGACGUCCUUGGACGCCAGAUCAUGAGCCGUAGGGAAGAACAAGAAUUGAUGAAGGAACUUGGUAGAUUUACGUCCAAGACGAGUAAACCAACGCAAGCAAAAUCAAAGCAUUUUCGUCGAUUGGAUCAGCAAAACAACAAGCAAG